UUUUUUCCCGAGUUUCACGUUGAUAAACAAGAAGAAUGAGCAAGAACAGGAAGCUCCAUCGGCCAAGGGAUCUUUGUGGAGCUUUGCGUUUUGUGGCGGUGUGCUUGUUGUUUCAGAACUUGGGUUUGUGCAGUUCUUUAAAUGAAGAAGGUAACGCUCUUUUGAAGUUGAAGCAGAGAAUAACGAGUGACCCUUUUGGUGCUUUGUCAAAUUGGAUUGAUGAUGAAGCUGCUUCUGACCCAUGCAAUUGGUUCGGAGUUGAGUGCUCGGAUGGAAGAGUUGUGGUCUUGAAUUUGAAAGAUCUCUGCCUUGGAGGAACUUUGGCACCUGAGCUUGUGAAUCUUAUUCACAUAAAGUCUAUUAUUUUGCGGAACAACUCUUUCUCUGGGACCAUCCCUGAAGGAAUUGUAGAUUUGAAAGAAUUGGAGAUUUUGGAUUUGGGAUACAACAAUUUCAGUGGACAUCUACCUGCUGCUCUUGGCAGUAUUAUCUCACUAGCAAUCCUUUUGCUGGACAACAAUGAGUUUCUUGUUGGUUUCUCUCCCGAAAUCAAUGAACUGAAGAUGAUUUCUGAAUGUCAAGUAGAUGAAAACCAGCUAACUAAUGCAGCUAAGAUGCCAGGAUGUACUGGAACAUGGCAUGUUGGUCAAAACAAAGGAACUCGGAGCCUGCUGCAAAAUUAUAAUCUUGAUUUUCAAGACCAUCGUUAUCACGAGGCUAAUCCACAUCUCCAUAGCCCUUCUCCUUCAGCUUCCCCUAGUCAAAAUACUUUUGAUUCUCUUCCUACCCUGUCACCAGACUCUGAAGCACCAUCUAAAAGCUCCUCAUCAAAGAAUGAUCAAGUCCCUAUUUUGGCCGGAGUUAUAGGUGGUGCUGUAUUUCUUCUUAUUUCAUUCAUUGGCAUAUAUCUUUGUAAAACCAACAAGGUAGCUAUUGACAUACCAUGGGCCACAGGAAUAAGUGGACAGCUUCAGAAGGCGUUUGUGACUGGGAUGCCGAAGCUAAAGAGAUCAGAGCUUGAAGCUGCAUGUGAAGAUUUUAGUAAUGUAAUUCGUACUUCACCCAUUGGUACAAUGUACAAAGGGACUUUGUCUAGUGGCAUUGAAAUAGCUGUAGCUUCAGUUUCGGUUACAUCAUCCAAGAAUUGGUCAAAGACUUUAGAAGCUCAAUUUUGUAAGAAGAUAGAUACAUUAUCAAAAGUGAACCACAAGAAUUUUGUCAAUCUUAUUGGAUAUUGUGAAGAAAACGAGCCUUUCACCAGAAUGUUGGUUUUCGAAUAUGCCCCAAACGGAACACUGUUUGAGCAUUUACACAUAAAAGAAGCUGAACACUUGGACUGGGGAACAAGACUUAGAAUUGCAAUGGGAAUGGCUCACUGCCUGCAACAUAUGCACAAGUUGGACCCUCCUAUGGCCCUUAUCAACCUGAAUUCUUCAGCUGUCCACCUGACUGAUGACUAUGCUGCCAAAAUCUCGGAUUUGAGUUGCCCGAAAGAAAUAGCUUCAGCUGAGACAAAAGCUGAGGGUAGAGAACACAUUGACAUGCCAUUAGCAAGUCCACAAAGUAAUGUUUACAACUUUGGUGUUUUAUUAUUUGAAAUCGUUACUGGUAGGCUCCCUUAUUCAGUGGAUAAUGGGUCACUUGAAAACUGGGCAUCGCACUAUUUACAAGGGGACCAGCCCCUCAAAGAAAUGGUGGAUCCAAUUCUAGCAUAUUACCAAGAAGAUCAGCUGGAACAAGUGGCUGAAUUGAUUAAAUCUUGUGUCCAUCCUGAUUCAGAGCAGAGACCAACAAUGAAAGAAGCCAGUGUGAGAUUGAGAGAAAUAACAAAGAUAACACCUGAAUUAGCAGUUCCUAAACUUUCUCCACUUUGGUGGGCAGAGGUUGAGAUUUCUUCUGCAGAAGUACGCUGAAAUCAGUAAAUCAGAUUCCAAAUGUAUGAUUUUCAUCCUUUUUCCUUCGGUGAAGGCACAAAAAAUUUCUCACUUCUUGUAUGUAUUGUGUCCGGUCACAAAUCGAUCACAUGUAUAUGAAGGAGACAAAAAAUGUGAAGUUUUUUUGGGUGCUUCGAUUAAUUGUAGUUUAUGGAAUUGCUCCAAGA